AUGAGCGACUCGAGGCGUCACAGCAGCUACGGCGGCCGGCGCCGCCGGUACUACGAAGACGACGAAUCCGACGACGGCCACGACGACGACAGCUACUACUACUACGACCCGCGGCACCACGCCAGAGACGACAGGCGCCGCACGCGGGACCGCAGCGUUCACUUUGACGACACGCCGCGCUCGUACGACUACCUCCCUCCCAAGUACAGCACAACCAGCAGCAGCAGCAGUGGCAGCAGUGGCAGCAGCCGCCGUCGAGGCCAUGACGUCUCCCGGGCCCGCAGCACCCACCAUCGGCGCGACGACAGCGUGGAGCGAAAGCGGCAGAGGGAUCGUUCGGAGCGGCACAGGGACUCUGACCGCCACCACCGGGACGCGGACCGAUACGACCGGCGCCGGCACAGGUCUCACGACCAGCCGCGCCGGCGCGAAGAGCACCACCGGCACAGGGACGGGGAUCGUGGGCGGGAUAGGGAUAGGGACAGAGAUAGGGGUAGACACGCGCAGCGUCCCGCGCACUGGAGACACAGCACGGGCGGUGACAUGCGCACCAACAAGAGCAGGACCAGGAGGAGGGGGAGCCGCAGCAGGAGCAGGAGCAGGAGCAGCAGCAGCGAACGGGGUGGGGGCAAGUCCCUGAGCCACCUGGCGGCGUCGGCGGCGUUGACGGCGGGCGGGGUGGAGGCGCUCAAGAUCCGCAACGACCCGGGAAGCUGGGUCGGGAGCAAAGGGAGGCGGGUGGUGACGGCGGCGCUGGGUGCGGCUGCCAUCAACAGGGUCGUCGACAAUGGCAUGAGGGAUCACCCCGUCAGGCAGAAGGCUGGGGCGGCGCUCGGGGGUGUCGUUUUGAACAAGUUGAUGAAUGGGAGUCGAAAGUGA